AUGCAUAAGCACAAGUCAAAAUCCAAAUCGCACCGCUGGGGCGCCUGGUCGGAAUGGACCUGGGACAGCACCCAGCAGGCCAACGUGCGCGUUCGCCAGGAUUCCCAAGGCCAUCUCGAGUACGAUUGGGAUCAGCAAGACCUGAACCCAGCUGGCCAUGCGCGGACCCCUCGCGACGCCGGAGUCGAGGACAUAACAGAACGUCUAAACAGCCUAUCGCCGACUGGACAUGAAGCUCACUUUGAAGCAGCUGAGGAAUAUGCCUACGCAGGCGGAGCGACGGAAGCGACCAAAUCCAAAAAGGGCAAGUCGAAACACAAAGAGAAGGAGAAAUCGCAUCGCCGACACGUCAGUUCGGACGGAAAAUCGUCGACCACGUCACACGACGCCGCGGUUUACACGGAAAGUGCCGGCCUGCAAUACGUUGAGUCUUCGUACGGGACGGACUACCAACAACAGGACCCGACCACUACUGUAGACUAUUCGCAGUAUGGAUCAGCUCCAGCUGCUUAUUUCAACGUUCUAUCACGAACGACUGGGUAUGGCGCUUUCGACGAGGAAGGCGAAGCAUCUUCCAGUCAGGCAGCAGCAGCAGCAGCGCAACUGUAUACUGGAGAGGAAAUCGACGGAACUGGCCACGGCUAUGGCGAAGUGCAAAGCGAAUCCGGAGAUUCACCGAUACAACACCCUGAGACAGCUGCAGAUGUAGAAAACAUGCCUGGAAUGGCAGAGGAUGGCCAUGGUGAGCUAGAUCCACGCUAUCGAAUAGAGCACUCGACACGUUUCCAGCCCGGAGAGAUCUUUAAAGUACACUGGUCCGAACCCCAAGGCUCCAUAAGCGAGCAACCGAAAUCGUCGUCGUCGAAGAAGCAAGACUUGCAAAACAAAUUUGGGACGAAAUUCUUUGUGGGCUUUAGACGGUUUAUCGUGGUCGCCAAUGACCAAGGCCACUGCACGUGCGUGCCGAUUCUUACAUACGGCGGUAAAGGAUGCAAAAAGCACGGCGUAAAGCCCGAAAAGCACGGCAUUGUCUAUGAACGAGGCCAAAAGUCCAAGAAACUGGACGGCGAGCCAUCAUUGGGAUUUGCACCUGUACGGGUCGAAAUGACAGAGGAGGGCGAAAAGAUUUCGAGAGAGUCUAGAGUCAACUACUCGAAGCUUGUCACCGUCGAGCACAAUGUCAAGGUAUUUUUUAUUGGCCGCGUCUACGCCAGCGAUUGGCAAAUCGUCGGAGAUGCAGUCAACUCCUGUUGGGAAAAGAAGAUACACCAAAAGCAGCGCCACAAAUGA